GACAUCAUGAUCUAGACAAAUGUGCUUUCCAGCUUUGAAAUUUAAAAUGCAAAAGUGCCAAAAGGAAAAAAAGGUUAGAUCUCAAAAGAAACCCUACUUCUCCUCCCUUGAAGUGUGUGGACUAUUUAUCCAAACCAAGUCCAAGCUAACAUUCUUAAGAACCAAAACAUUCUAUAAGAUAAGUAAAUCCAUUUUGUUGGAGAAACAUGGAUUAUCAGCUGCUACAGAUAGUGGCAUUUCUGACAGUGAUAGCAUUUGGAGGAGGCCUAAAGAGAACAUCAGCAGAAGCAUGCAGUUCAAAUGACUUGGAAGGUUUGAUAGGCUUCAAGAAUGGAAUUCAGAUGGAUACUUCUGGUCGUUUGGCAAAGUGGGUUGGUAGUAGCUGUUGUGAGUGGGAAGGCAUUGUUUGUGAAAAUGCAACCACUAGAGUGACACAGAUCCAUCUUCCAGGGUUCAUAGAGAAAGAUUUGUUUCAAACUCAGAUGAUUGGUAAGAUUUCUCCUUCCAUAACACUCCUCACCUCUCUUGUAAUACUUGACCUUGGUGGUUUAGUAGGUCUCAGUGGGACAAUUCCACAAACAAUUGGUGUGCAACUGCCAAACCUCCAAAAGCUCUACCUUUUUGGCAACAAUUUAACUGGUCCAAUACCAGAAAGCAUUGGUGAGUUGCCAAACCUCCAAGAACUGGCACUGCAUGAAAAUAAGAUAUCCGGGUCGAUCCCUUCUAGCAUUGGAAGCUUAAAAAGCCUCAAAAGUUUGCUGCUUUAUUCAAAUAAAAUUUCAGGUACAAUACCCAUUUCACUAGGGAAUUUGACAAAUUUGGUAGAAUUGGAUGUUCAUGACAAUGCUCUUAAUGGUAAUAUACCCAACAGAAUUGGUCAGAUGAAGGCUCUUGAAAAGCUUGAUCUUUCAAGCAAUUCACUAAGUGGGAGCAUACCUACUUCACUAUCCAAUUUAAGUGCAAUUUCAGUUUUGUAUAUGGACACAAACUCUCUUGAGGGAACCAUUCCAUUUCUCUCAAGAUCAGGUGAAAUGCCAUCUCUUGGCUUCUUAAGACUCCAUGAUAACCAUCUUAAUGGAAAUAUACCUCCUAGUCUUGGUUACCUGGUUUCUCUUCAGAGAGUUUCAUUAGCAAACAACAAGCUUGAAGGAGCUUUGCCUUCUAGUUUGGGCAAUUUGCUUUCUUUGACAGAACUUUACUUUAGUGGCAACUCAUUGUCUGGCCAAAUACCAAAAUCAAUAGGCCAACUUUCUCAGCUAAUGAUGCUGAACAUGUCCAACAAUUUGAUUGAAGGACCAUUGCCUCAAGAGAUUUCUCCCCUACACAAUCUUCAAACACUUGAUCUUUCUUUCAACCCUCUGGACCUCUCUUCCUUUCCAGAGUGGCUAACAAACCUGCCAUCGCUUUCGCGCAUUCACUUCGCAGGAUGCGGUAUCCAGGGACAAAUUCCAGACAUUCUGCAAACAACCCUCAGUCCAAUACAGGAACUAGACUUAUCAGUGAACCUUCUCACUGGAACCAUACCAUCAUGGAUAGGAUCCCUCAGUCAGCUCUACUUGCUAAAUCUCUCGAGGAAUUCACUUGAUUCACACAUCCCUGAUUCAGUUACAAGCUUGUCUGAUCUGGGAGUUCUUGAUCUUCACUCAAAUAAGUUAACAGGCUCCAUAACCGGAGCAUUUGAUAUCGAACAAGGUACUUCUGGGGGAUCACUAACAUAUAUUGAUCUUUCUGAUAACAACUUCUCAAUUGGAGUUGAGGAAAUUGGUGCAGGAAGGCAGGUCCAUAUUCAGUUUCUGAAUUUGUCUCAUAACCUUCUGAAGGGUACAUUGCCAAGUUCCCUUGGGAAACUGAAUUCCAUUCACAGUUUGGAUUUGAGCUUCAAUGAGUUAGUCUCCAACUUGCCAGAGGUGCUGGCAAACUUGACAUUGUUGGAGAGACUCAAGCUGCAAAGAAACCAUUUCAGUGGCAAUAUACCCAAGGGACUUCUCAAGCUGACAAAGCUGAAGGAAUUGGAUUUAUCAGACAAUGUGCUUCAAGGGAAAAUCCCAGAGGGUAAACCACUAACUGACUUUCCUGGGAGUUCUUAUUCUGGAAACAAAGGUUUGUGUGGGAAGCCUCUCAGUCCUUGUUAACUUUGAGAAUUGUCAUAUCAUUGGAAACUCAGGAUAUCAAUGAAAAUUUGUAGUUUUACUCAAAACAACAAAGCAGUGCAUUAUUUUGUUUCAUAUCAU